AACACUCAAACAGCAGCAACAUGCAAAGCGAACCGGCGGAACCAGAACCGGCCCGGGAUGAAGGGCUGCACGAGCAGCUCCGGAGGUUACAGGAUGAGAAUGAAGCUCUCAGAAGUGAGAUUCAGGAGAUGCGUCUGGAGAUGGAGGAGAUGCAUGAUGCGUUUUACGAGGAAGACACCUGCCGGCUACAUGAGCUGCGACGAGAGCUUGAGCGAGCUAAUAAAAACUGCAGGAUCCUGCAGUACCGUGUGCGCAAAGCUGAGCGCAAACCCCUACGAUAUGCAUCAGGUGGAGAGAUCGAUGAGGAACUCCUGAGGAACCUGGAGCAAGACCUGAAGGUGGCGAAGGACGUGUCAGUGAGGCUUCACAAUGAGCUGAAGAACGUGGAGGAGAAACGCACAAAGACGGAGGAAGAGAAUGAGAGACUCAGAGAGAAACUCAUCGAGCUGGAGGUCAACAAAGAGACACUGCAGAAUGAGCUGGAGAGGGCCAGAGAGAAGAAGAGAGGCAGUAAAGAUGUUCAGAGGAGUGAGCGGAAGAACACUCAGACCCUCAGUGAAGAAGACAGCGAGGAUCUGAAGUGCCAGCUGUCCUUCAUUAAUGAGGAAAUGACACUCAUGAGGAAGAAGAUGGCAAAGCUCGACAAGGAGAAGGAUGAUGCAGAGCAGGAGCUGCAGAAGUAUCGCUCCUUUUACGGUGACUUCGACACCUUACAGUUUAAAGGUGAAGCUGUGGGCCCGCCCACCGCCCGUCAGUCAGAGCUGAGGCUCCGCCUCCGAUUGGUAGAGGAGGAGGCCAACAUCCUGGGGCGCAAGAUCAUCGAGCUGGAGUUGGAGAACCGAGCUCUCAGGGCGGAGCUCGAAAACAUGAGACGAGGAGAAGAACUGUCUCCAGGAGCAACAGAGGGCGUGGCUGAUGUGAAUCAAGGGAUGGAGCUUUCUGAACUGAGGCAGCAGCUGCAGCUAGUAGAAGACGAGGCAGAAUUUUUGCGGCGAAAUUUGGCAGAAGUGGAGGAGCAGAACGUGAAAGUGAAGAGCGAGUUAAAGAAGAUGCGGUUUAAAGAGGCAUCAAGGUAUGCGGCUGAAGGUGGAGCUUUAUCAUCAGAGGGCGGGGCUACGGCUAUGGAGAUGUUGAAGGAGGAGCUGAAAGCAGCAAGGCUGCAGGUGAAUGAGCUGAGCGGGAAAGUGAUGCAGCUGCAGUAUGAGAAGAGAGUGAUGCUUAAUAAACAGGAUGGAGGAAGAGACGAAAGAGGAGAAGAAGGAGGAGGAGAUGAAAAAGGAGGAAGAGAAGGAGAAAGCGAUGACUCCUCCUCUUCAGCACUCCUCCCUCUCCAUCAGAAGCGUGAAGGCCCCAUCGGAGGUGAAAGUGACUCAGAGGACAUGCUGCACUCCUCUAUCUCUCCUCAUCCCCUCAUCCGUCGCACUACUCCUCCGCUCCUCCCUCGCUCACCUCGUGAGCGCCAACGCGUGACGGAGAUUCGAGCCGAGGCAGAGCGUCUGACGCACACCAUCGAGCUCCUCAUCGCUCACACGCAGGAGUUUGUGGCUGACGGAGAGCAGGCUGGAGGAGAGGAUGGGGAUGGAGCUGAUGAUGAAGACGUGAGGACGCGUGAACGGCAGCUGCUGCAUCGCAUUGGCACGCAGAUGAACGAGUUCAGAAAUGAGCUGCAGGGGUUUAUGGGAUUUAUAGAGAGACUGGACGGGUCCAAACGGGAGGAAACACAUCCGGAAGAGCGGCUGUCUGUGUGUUAAUGUUGUUGUGGCAGCGGGGGCGUGGUCAAGUGCCGGUCUGUGACAGGAGGGCGGAGCCAGGGAAGACGGAUGCGUCGGACAGAGGGCUGGGGGCCGUUUUGUCCCAGCAGGUGGAGGAUCGCCCCAUCCUAUACAUCAGUCGGAAGCUGUCAGUGCGUGAGGGGCGCUACAGCACGAUUGAAAAGGAAUGCCUGGCGAUCAAGUGGGCGGUCCUCGCCCUCCGUUACUACCUGCUGGGGCGCCCUUUCACCCUCUGU